AUGAUGCAGCGCUCGCAGACGCGCGUGGCGGGUGCCACGAGGAGCGCGCCUGCUCCCGUGCAGCGCCUGGCCAAGGCCGCUCGCCGCAGCCCUGUGGCCAAGGCUGCUGCCGUCGAGGCCUCUUCUGAGGUGUCGGUGGAGCAGAUCAACCGCUGCGUCAAUGCGAUCCGCUUCCUCGCCAUCGACGCGGUGAACAAGGCCAAGAGCGGGCAUCCCGGACUCCCCAUGGGCUGCGCGCCUAUGUCUUACACCCUCUUCAACGAGGCUAUGAAGUACAACCCGAAGGACCCCAAGUGGUUCAACAGGGACCGCUUUGUGCUGAGCGCCGGCCACGGCUCCAUGCUGCAGUAUGCGCUGCUGCACCUCACGGGCUACGACAGCGUCUCGUGGGACAGCUCCACCCCCGGCCACCCCGAGAACUUCCUCACGGCUGGCGUGGAGGUCACUACCGGUCCCCUGGGCCAGGGUAUCUGCAAUGCUGUCGGUCUGGCGGUUGCUGAGGCCCACCUGGCGCAGCGCUUCAACAAGCCCGAUGCCACUAUCGUCGACCACUACACGUACUGCAUCCUGGGUGACGGCUGCAACAUGGAGGGUGUGUCCACUGAGGCCGCGUCCCUGGCGGGCCACUGGGGCCUGGGCAAGCUGAUUGCGCUGUACGACGACAACGGCAUCUCCAUCGACGGCCACACUGACAUCUCCUUCACUGAGGACGUCAGCAAGCGCUUCGAGGCCCUCGGCUGGCACGUGCAGCACGUCAAGGACGGCAACACCGACUUUGAGUCGCUGCGCCAGGCCAUUGCCAACGCCAAGGCCGUCACCGACAAGCCUUCGCUCAUCAAGGUGACCACCCUGAUCGGCUACGGCAGCCCCAACAAGUCGGACACCCACGACGUGCACGGUGCGCCCCUGGGUGCCGAGGAGACCGCCGCCACGCGCGCCAACCUCAAGUGGGAGUACCCCGAGUUUGAGGUGCCCCAGGACGUGUACGACGUGAUGCGCUCCAACGUGACCAAGGGCGCCGCCGCCCAGGCCGAGUGGAACGCCGCCGUGGAGGCCUACAAGGCCAAGUACCCCACGGAGUACGCCGAGUUUGCCCAGCUGACCAGCGGCGAGCUGCCCGCUGGCUGGGAGUCUGCCCUGCCGACCUACACCCCCGAGGACAAGCCCCUGGCCACCCGCCAGUACAGCCAGAUCAUGCUCAACGCGCUGGCGCCCGUGCUGCCCGGCCUGAUGGGCGGCUCCGCCGACCUGGCGCCCUCCAACCUGACGCUGAUGAAGAUGUUCGGUGACUUCCAGAAGGGCACCUACAACGAGCGCAACGUGCGCUUCGGCGUGCGCGAGCACGGCAUGGGCGCCAUCGUCAACGGCAUGGGCCUGCACGGCAGCGGCAUCAUCCCCUACUGCGCCACCUUCUUCAUCUUCACCGACUACAUGCGCGGCGCCAUGCGCAUGAGCGCGCUCAGCGAGGUCCCCAUCACCCCCUAG